UUUGAACUGUGCAUCUGAAAGACUGGAUAUUUCUUCAUCGCUUAGAUCGAUCGGUUCUGGGGCUCUGAGUUGUCCUAAAGCCAUUUUUGGUCUAUUCGUGCCGUUAAGUAAAUGGAGUGAAGCCUUAGCUGUUUACCAGGACGGGGCGACCCAGGUCGCUGGUUUGUGACGCUGUGUGUGGGGGCGUGGUCAGAGAGGGAGCAAUGGCGGUCCUCUCCGCUAGCCCAGCCCAUCCGGUCACACCACUCGCCCCGGGCCUGUUUAUCUGGCCUGUUUAUCCGAUCGGAAUUGUGCAAGCCUGCUGCCCCGCCCAAGCUUCCCUCUCACUGGUUUAUCUGCACGUGACUGACUGCAGACAGCCCGCCUCGCCCGUAUGCUCCCGUAGCCAGCCCCGAUCAGCCCAGCGCUCCACCCGGGAUUUUUUCUUGCCAACCUGCUCCGCUGCUGGCUUCACUCCUCCUACUGGUUUAGCUGAGCAUUUAGUUGUCUUUGGACUCCGUAUUGUCGAUUUUCUGUGUGGCUUGGUUGCGUUUAUUGCUGUUAAAAAUAGUUGUUCUUAGAUUUGGUUGUGCACAGAGGCAAGGUGGUUCCACCUACGUCUCCAUCUUGGCGGAAGUCUCUUCCAUGGUUUCUUCAUGGGAAGAAAACUUCCCUUAUGAAUAUGACAUGGGGGUAAGGGGCUCUUCCACUAUGACGUCCCGCAGUCAGCUUUUGUGUCACUUCCUGCCUUGGCUUGGGAGGGACAGCUACUACAAUGGCUCAGAGCUCUCACUUACACACUUGGGUGCCUUCUUCUGUGGACUCUAAGCUGCCAAGAUCAAAGUGAGCAGCCCAAGGGACUCUGGAGACAUCCUCGGGGUUCUCUGAGUCCUGUAGCAGGGACACGGAGCCCAGGGCUUCCUCAGAGCUCCAGUGAGUACAGGGGUCACUCACGGGAUAAGAGGAGAGCAGGCACUGGCAGGUGCAGGCCUGCAGGGGAAAUGCUGGAGGUCAAUCCUAACACUGUGGCUUUGUUUCCUGAUGUCCCAGGGCUUGGAAACCAAGACCCCAGAGAGUCACAACUGAGACUAGUCUUAGUGGGUAAGACCGGAGCUGGAAAAAGCGCCACAGGGAACAGCAUCCUUGGGAAGAAAGCAUUUCAUUCCAGCAUUGCAGCAAAAUCCAUCACCAAGGUCUGUGAGAAAGGGAGCUGCAUGUGGAGUGGGAGAGAAAUUGUGGUGGUGGACACACCUGGUUUUUUCGACACCGAGGUGCCAGAUGCUGCCACUCAAAAGGAGAUUGCUCGUUGCAUCCUCCUGACGUCCCCGGGGCCUCAUGCACUGCUCCUGGUGGUCCGACUGGGCCGGUACACAAAGGAAGAGCAACAGGCCAUGCAGAAGGUGCUGACCAUGUUUGGUCCCACAGCUAGGAGAUACACGAUUCUCUUAUUCACCCGGAAGGAUGACUUGGAUGGUGUGGAGUUCUGUGAUCACAUCAAGGAAGCCCCACCAUUCAUUCAGGAUCUGAUGAAGGAGUUCAAGGAUCGCCACUGUUUGUUCAAUAAUAAGGCAACAGGGGCUGAGCAGGAGGCCCAGAGGGGCACAGCCUGCUGGACCUGGUCCAGCCGAUGGUGACUGGAGAACGAGGGGGGAUUCUACACUAACGAGAUGUACCAAAGGGCGGAGGAGGAGAUUCAGGAACAGAUCCGAGCAAUAGAAGUGCAGUGCAGAGCUGAGCUGGAGAGGGAGAAGAAGCAGAUAAGAGAGGAGUAUGAGGAGAAAAUCAGAAACCUGGAGGAUAGCCUGGAGCGGGAAAGGAGAAAGGCAGAAAUGGAGAGGGCGUUGGCAGAAAGGGAAAAUUGCUACCUUUCCAGGCAACGUAAUGCCAGGGGGGAAGUGGAGAGUAAGCAUGAUAUACUUUCGUGCAUCGUUAUGGUAUUGAUGCUUGUUCGGCCUGUGUUACGAUUAUUUUUCAAAUAAUUAAGCUCAGUGGAAAUCUGUGUGUAUUUCCUGUGAAUUUUGCAUGUCCCCUCCCUGUAUUACUCAUCCCCCAAAGUCAGAGCUCCCUGUUUCUCUUCCUCAGGCUGUAAGGACUGGGGAUGGUGGGAAAGUUCACUGCUGACGGUUGAUUUUACCUGGGAGGGACACAUUCUCAAUUUGUAAAAGUUCAUGGGAAAGUAUAGAUGCUCCCUGUCUUCUGAACUUUUUCUCAAACCCUCAGAAAAGGAAUGCAGGAGACCAGGAGUUGGUGAGUCCAAGCCUACUCUACUUAUCCUUAGUAACUGUUUCUCCUCCAGAUUCUUUCUUGAUUGGCAGAUAAUCUCUAGGUGUGGCUUCUACUUUUUAUUUUUGCCUUUAAGACCUCUCUGAUUAUUUUACUCGUGUGGUUAGGUCAUCUAUAGAUAGAGAUGCUUGCUUAUAGAAUUCUUUCUUCAUGAACAUACAUUUGUUGAAUUACACGCUAACAGAAGUACUGAAAUUGUUCCUUAUUACCAUCGGCCCCCUGAAGGAUGGAGAGCUGUUUGAAAAAAACGGAUCGCUCAGAACUCAGCAAAGUGAAAUGACAGAAAGGGCAAAGGACACCGGUUCAAGAAUGUUCAGAAUAUUCAGAUGUUCUUAUAGAAAUGCUUCGCCCAGCCUCAAUGCAAGCAUGUUGCUGAAUGACCAGUUCUCUCUUUUGCUUGGGAAGCCGAACGAUGGCACCACGCUGACAGCACUCUGCACCCUGAUGACUCCCUGCUGGGAGGGUCGUCCUCACACUGCUCCCCAGCCCCUGAAUUGUUUCCUUAGUGAUGCUGUAAUAAACCUCUUCUGUUCUUUUGUA